AUGCGCGUUCUUGAUACCACGAGAAAGGAUUACUUCGAAAGAACACAAUAUGGGAAGCAAACAGAACGAGCAGUUUGUAAAAGAACUACGGAAACAGUGUUGAAAGACGUUGGCUUGUGUGUAGCCAUUUUUGACAUCUUGGAAAUUCAAGAAUCUUUUCUUCUUCCUGGAGAUGGAGCCGCCCACACAACAGUGCGAUUUCGAGUGGCAGUUUUCAGACCUUUUGAAGAUGAGGUGCUCACAGGAAAAGUAAAGAAAUGCACCUCGGAAGGAGCAAAAGUGACUCUCGGAUUCUUUGAUGAUAUACUAAUUCCCCCGUCAAAUCUUCAGCAACCUGCAAGGUAUGACGAAGUAGAAGAGGCGUGGAUAUGGGAGUACGAAACUGAAGAUGGCAAGCACGACUUGUUCAUGGACAUAGGUGAACCAAUUCGUUUCCGCGUGCUAAAAAACACCUUCAUUGAAACAAGCCCAGUAGAGCACUCUGCUAAAAGUCAAGAGGCGGCCAAGGCCGACGAGAGCCUUCCCUGUCCGUAUACAGUCACGGCCAGUAUAAGUGAACCAGGUCUAGGAUUACUGUCUUGGUGGUCAUAGUACCGGUUGAAGACUACUUUCUACGACAGAUUACGACGACGCUGCCAAGACAAUGGAUAAUAUAUUUCAAAGAGGAGCUAAAUGAUUUUUUUCUAUUUAUGUUCACUACAGUAUACAUUUAUAUUGUGAAAUAAAAAAAUAAUAAAAAACAAAAUUAUCGCUUCCCAAUCAGAA